AUAGGUGUGUAGAGUUCACAGUAAUCAGUCACCAUGUUGUGGGCCACUGCUCUUUUUCUUUGGAUCUCGUGCUCAGUGGCACUUGCAGCCAAUAGCUCAUUAUGUGGUCAGCAAAUGUCUUUCCCACCUUGCUUCAAAUUCGGAGCUUCAUCAGCCGCAUACCAGAUCGAAGGCGCAUGGAAUGUUAGCGACAAAGGAGAAUGCAAAUGGGACCGCCUGACUCAUAGGUACCCUGACCUGUUCCACGAUGGCGAUAAUGGUGACACUGCCUGCUUGUCCUAUUACUAUUGGCAAAAGGACAUAGAUAUCAUCGCGGAGACUGGAUUAGAUUUUUACAGGUUUUCCAUAUCCUGGCCUCGUAUCUUGCCGACGGGUCUUGCGACUAAAAUCAGCGAGGAUGGUGUCAACUACUACAACAACCUGAUCGAUGGUCUCCUGGCGAAAGGGAUAGAACCUAUCAUUACUUUAUACCAUUGGGAAAUGCCACAAAUGUUCGAAGACCUAGGAGGAUGGGCCAACCCAAGAAUCUCGGACUGGUUUGCUGAUUACGCGAGGGUAGUCUUCCGUCUCUUCGGAGACCGUGUCAAGACCUGGCUGACCAUCAAUGAACCUGUCAUGGAAUGCGACUGGUUCUACGGCCAGGGAAUCCUGCAACCACAAAUAGAUUACUUCGUGGGACCCUACCUUUGUAACAAGAACAUCUUGCUGGCCCACGCGAAGGCUUACAGGGUCUAUGAUCAGGAGUUCCGUGCAUUGUACGGUAAUGUUGGAAAACUGUCAAUUGCAAAUCAUUUGCUGUGGGUGAUGCCUUUGACUGAAGAUCUUGAAGACUUAGCUGAAAUAGCACGAGAGUACUUUACCGGUCGCUACACUCAUGCCAUAUUCUCCAAAGAGGGAGGAUGGCCCAAAGUGAUCGAGGAACAGGUCGCGAAGGUCAGCAAGGAACAAGGGUUCAAUGAAUCCCGGCUACCAGCUUUUACUGAAGAUGAAGUCAACUUAAUCAGAGGGUCCUACGAUUUCUUCGGCAUGAACCACUAUACUUCAAAACUGGUGCGGUACACAAAACCGGGGGAGAAAACCACCUCAGCGCUUUUCACAUCUAUUUACGAGUUCAAUGCUACACUCGUCACUGACCCGACUUGGAAGCAUGGGCAGACCGAUUACAUGGUGACGUAUCCUCAAGGUAUAAGAGCCCAAAUGGAAUGGGUAAGGAAGCAGUACGGAGACAUUGAGAUCCUAAUCACAGAGAAUGGGUACGCCACGGGAGAAGCCAUCAUAGAUGAUGACGAAAGGAUAGAUUAUGUCAAAUCAUACUUGAAUGAGGUCCUUUUGGCUAUUCAAGAAGGUAUCAAAGUGAUUGGAUACUCCUACUGGUCUCUGAUGGAUAACUUCGAGUGGGGCAGUGGAUUUUCUUCAAAGUUCGGUAUUUAUCAAGUGGACUUCGAGGACCCCGAGCGCACGCGCACUGCGCGUAAAUCUGCGCGCUAUAUCGCGGACAUCAUCAAAAAUAGAGUCCUUCCCAUCAUGAUUUGGACAGUGAUAGUCGUGUUCAGCGCCGCCCUAUCCGCGGUGUGGUCUAUUGACCUGACGUUUCCACCUGGAUUCAAGUUCGGAGCAGCCACUGCUUCCUAUCAGGUCGAAGGAGCGUGGAAUGAAGAUGGUAAAAGCGAAAGUGUUUGGGAUCGCUUCGUGCAUGACGAUCCGUCCAGGAUCGAAGACCUGACCAAUGGAGAUGUAGCUUGCGACUCCUACCACUAUUGGAGAAGAGACAUUGAGAUGGCUGAGGAACUUGGAUUGCACUUUUAUAGGAUUUCCCUAUCCUGGCCCCGCAUCCUCCCGUCUGGUUUCCCCAACCAUGUCAACGAAGCCGGCAUAGCGUACUACAACAACCUGAUCAAUGGACUCCUGGAUAAAGGGAUAGAGCCGCUCGUCACCCUAUAUCACUGGGAUCUGCCGCAGUCCCUUCAGGACCUUGGUGGUUGGGCGAAUCCCCUCAUUGCCGACUGGUUUGAGGACUUCGCGAAGGUGGCAUACAAUCACUUCGGAGACCGUGUCAAGUUCUGGCUGACGAUCAAUGAACCGCUGAUCGUGUGUGAUGGUGUUUACAACGCUGAUACUUUCGCUCCUGCUGUCAAAAGCCCUGAAGUUGGGGCUUAUUUGUGCAAUAAGUAUGUAAUGCUAGCCCAUGCCAAGGCUUGGAGGUUGUAUGAUAAGGAGUUUAAACCUAAAUAUCAUGGUAAAGUGUCAAUAGCGAAUCAAAUUAUCUGGUAUGAACCUACAUCUCCUGAGCACGAGGAACUUGCAGAACUAGCCAGACAGAAUAUCGGAGGCAGGUACGCGCAUCCUAUAUACUCGAAAGUAGGUGGAUGGCCACCGACUAUUGAGAAGGUGUUAGAAGAAGUCAGUUUAAAGAGAGGAUACCCAAGGUCACAGCUGCCUCCGUUCACACCGGAAGAAAUUGAGCUCAUUAAAGGAACCUAUGACUACUUCGCAUUCAACCACUACACUAGUCGUCAGAUCCGUCCAGCGAAGGAGGGUGAGCUGUUCACAGCCUGGCCGCUAGGUGACGCCAUCGAUUUGAACGCCAUCGUUGAGAGAAAACCGGAAUGGUCACAAGCUUCUUCUUCUUGGUUUUAUGUAAAUCCUGAAGGUCUGCGCAAGGACCUGGUCUGGUUGAAGCACCAGUACGGAGAUAUGGAGUUCAUGAUUACUGAGAACGGACUGGCGACAAGAGGAGGACUGGAUGAUCAGGACAGAGUCCAAUAUUAUAGGGAUUAUUUGGAACAGGUCCUACUGGCCAUCAAGGAGGAUGGUGUCAAUGUGACAGCUUACACUGCCUGGACACUCAUGGAUAACUUUGAGUGGAUGAAUGGUUUCGGUGUGAAGUUCGGUCUAUACGAAGUGAACUUCACAGAUCCGGGGCGCAAGCGCACACCGCGUGCGUCUGCGCAUUACUACGCUAACGUUAUAAGGACACACUCACUUGAUGUACCUACGACGCAGAAUACAGUUUAAUAUUUACUUAAGUAUUUAUUUAUGACAUAUCUACACAUGUACCUA